GAGAGAGAGAGAGAGAGAGCGAGCGGUUUACGUAAUACGUAUUGUUAUUUGUGGUGAGAAAAAUAGACGCACGGACAAAUUCAUUACCAACAACAAUAACAACAGAAACAAUAUUAAUAACUACCGUCUUAGUUAAAAAAGAUUUAAGAACAGAAAACUUUUGGUGCUAAUGAAAAUUGCUACUCCUUGGCUGCAUGAACUUGUUGCAUACUAUCACUGCUAAGCGGGAAAGUUCGCCUGCUCUCAAGAAACUACAGGCAUCAUGUCAGGACUCUGCGAGUGGUACGUGCCCUGUCACAUAUUCCAAAGAAGAACUGAAGGAAAAACUUUCUUCUGUACAGUAUCGGGUCACUCAGGAGAAGGGCACAGAGAGGGCCUACUCUGGCAAAUUUCUUAGUUGGAAUGAAGAAGGAAUAUUCACAUGUGUUGUGUGUGGGAAUAAACUUUUUGCUUCUGAUACCAAGUUUCACUCAGGGUGUGGUUGGCCGUCCUUUACUGACGUCAUUGAAAAAGGCAAUGUCACCUUCAAAGAUGAUUUCAAUCAUGGUAUGCAACGUCUGGAGGUGAUGUGUUCUGACUGUGGUGCUCAUCUUGGCCAUGUAUUUGAUGAUGGACCUAAAUCUAGAAAACAGACAGGACUCCGAUACUGUGUCAACUCAGCUUCUCUGGGUUUCAAAAAACACACUACAGUUUAGCACCUCUGGGUUUCAUGUCCAUACUAACAUCUCAUCGAAGUUGAAAGUAACACCGUACCGUAUCUUUAAUUAAACUUUGAUUGACAAACAAAAAAAAAUACAAAUAAAAUGAAGAAAAAAAAAUUUAUAUCAUAAAAUGUCAUCGUUAUUUCAAGUAGCAGCAUGAUUUUUUUUUAAAUAAAAAAAAAAAAAUUUUUUUUAAUAUAAAUGCUGGCCUCUUUGUAGACAGACCCUGGCUAUUUACAAAUUAUCAUCCUAGCUGCUUUUAUUCAUCUACUAGCCUCUUUUGAAUUUUAUUUUGUUGCUAUAAAUUAGAGGGUCAUGCUACGUAUUUUCUUAUUUCCCAAAUAAAGUUUAUAUUGAACAACAAUG